AUGGCCCGCGCUCUCGCCCUCGCCGUCGUCCUCCUCAUCGCCUCCGCCACAGUUGCCUUCGCCGCUGAGACGCAGGCCCCGGCUGCCUCUCCGAAGCCGGCGGCGGCCUCCGGUUCACCGGCCGCGCCGUCGAAGGCACCCACCACGGCCCCCGAGAAGUCCGAGAAGGCCCCCACGGCGGCGCCCGAGAAGGGCGCGGCGACGCCCAAGGCUUCCCCCGCCAAGGCCCCGGCCUCCAAGUCAGAGACAACGCCUUCCCAGGCGCCCGCCUCGGGGUCCGGCGCCGCGUCGGGGACGGCCCCGACCGGCGCCACCAAGGGCUCGUCGUCCAGCCCUUCCGCGUCCCCGUCGGAAGAAGCCGCCUCGCCUGAAAGCGGCGACGUCGCGGAAGAGCCUACCGCCGGCGGAGAGUCCACCGAGGAACCGUCGACGGCCGAGGCCGCCGGCCCAUCCGCCGACAGCCCGCCCGAGCCAACCACCACCUCGGACUCGCCAGCGGCGUCUCCGGGCCCAGCAGCUGACCAGAGCGGCAGCGCGAGCAUGGGCGCCGGCGUCGCGGCAGCCGUGGUGGCCGCCGUCGCCUCCUCUGUGCUUUCUUUCUAG